GCAGAACAGGCUGUCCUGGGUGCCCCAGGUAUGGCCGGUGUUAGCACAGUGAACCACACCACACUGGGAUCUGUCAAGCUGGCUCCAAAGGCGGUGUGGUCCGACAGUCUGGUGCAGAGCUGCUUGUGGCAUGGAGGCUGGUAUGGCUGCAGCUGGGCUCUAUAUAACCUGCUCCAAGACAGGAAAAAGGAUCAGGGUGAGGUUCAGCUCCACAGAGGCUGGGAUCCAUCGCUCCAGCGACAGCAAAGAAAGGACUUUGGUCGAUCCAAGGACAGACACAGCCAUGGCUCCAAGGGGACCCUGCCCUGCACUUUUGUUGCCGCUCGUCCUGCUGGCCACCUGCCUGGUGCUGGCCAGUGGGCAGCCAUGGGUCGAGCUGAACAAAUUAUUCCAAAAGCAUCACGUUGACUAUCCACGGACCACAGUCCCCAAUCCCUCCUCCUAUUGCAACACAAUGAUGAAGAGACGGGGAUUAUACUUCACACCAGUGAACACCUUCAUCCACGCGCCCACUCUAUCCAUCAACAGCAUCUGCUUAUUUGGGACACCCCGCCGAGACCGCCUACAUGAGAGCAGAGUUCUCAUCCCUGUCACCACCUGCAGAUAUGACCCGCGGAUCCGUUCCUAUAGGGGGACAUAUGUUUCCAGGAAAAUUGUCAUAGGCUGCUGGAACAGGCUCCCUGUGUACUACAAGGAGUAG